AUGUGGCUUACCGAGGUGUUUGAUAUGUUGACAGAAGAACAGUGCGGUCUUGUUGUCCCCGUGUUGUACCACAUAUGGGCUUCCCGGAACUUGGCCGUAUGGGAAAGGGCUCUACCGCGACCCGAGCGGACUUGGAGGUGUGCGGCAGCAGCUAUGCAGUCUUUCCGGCAGGUGCACCAUCGCUCCCUGCAACCUGUGCAGCAGCCGGCUACUAUCCUCGACGGAAUGAACACACGGCCGAAGUGCUUCUUCGACGCGGGCAUCAAACAGCAGACUGGAGAGGCCACGUACGGGAUCGUCUUGAUCUCACACGAUGGAGCCUUUGUAGCAGCAACAAACAGCAAACUAGCAAGCUCUCUCUCGCCACUUAUGGCGGAAGCGUUAGCUUGCAAGGAGGCCCUAUCUUGGCUCAGAGCACGGGACGUGUUAACAGUGGAUCUACUUACGGAUUGCUCAGAAUUGCGGAGUUCCAUACUUUCAGACUCUUCAGCCAUCUUGUCCUACAUUGGGGUCACUACAGAGCAGUGUUACCCUUAUGCAAGGCGAUUAUCAGGAAAUGAAGUUGAAUUUGUGGAAAAUUUGUCAGCGAUGCAUGUGAAACCAGGAGACAUUUUAACGUCUGUGAAGAGGCAAAAUCCGGAAAAUGUUUCCAUCACAAAAACCAUAUACAAUGCAUGCCAAAAAUUUCGGAUGAUGGAGAAAGCAGGUAAAACUCAAAUGCAAGUUGUUAUGUCUUUUUUACAUAACAAUGGUUAUGUGCAUGAGAGUCGAACUAAUAUUGCAACAAAUGAGUUAGAAGAUUUGUUCUUUGUUCAUCAUAAAUCUUUGGAGAAGUGGCGUGCAUUUCCACAUGUGUUGUUGAUAGAUGCGACGUAUAAAACAAAUAGGUACUCGAUGCCCCUCGUCGAAAUGACUGAUCGAUAUCUCAAUUUUGGAAAUCACACCACGAAUAGAGUUGAGAGUCAGCAUGCCAACUUAAAAAAGUACUUGGAGUCAUCACAGUCAGAUUUGGAGACAUCAUUGGAUUAUAUCGACAGAGUCAUUAAGUCACAAGACACAUCAAUCAAAUCAAGUCUUGAACAAAGCAAAAUUGUCAUUCGACAUCGGUUCAACACUUCACACUUUCAAGAAUUGCGUGGAUUUGUGUCUAUUCAUGCACUGAAUCUCAUUUUUAAUGAGUUUGCGAGGUCACAAGUUGGCGAGUUUACUUUUGAAAAUUGUGGAUGUCAAUUGCGAACAAGUUGUGGGCUUCCAUGUGCACACGAGCAGGUAACAUAUUUUAACUGUAAGCCCAUCGCACUUGAUUCGAUUGAUAUAUUUUGGAGGAAGCUCGACUUAUCAUCUUCCAUCUCUCUAACCAAUGAGGAUUUUGGUGUUGAGCAUGAGCUUCAUAUGUUUAAGGAUCAGUUAAAGAAACAAUCAAGAACUGGUAAAUUCAGCAUAUUGAGAAAGUUUAGGGAGUUGAUCGCGCCAUCUACAACAUCAAUCCGUGAGUCAGCCGUGCAAUUAAAUGUUUGUGGGCGUCCCAGUUCAAAAAACAAAUCUCUCAUAAGAACUCUAUCUCUCAGAAAAACUCAAGUCGAACCAAAUAAUAUUCAAUUUCAAGAACCAGCUCGGAAUAGUUGUUCAGCUGCAUCAAAUUCAGGUAAUAGACAUUUUUACCAUCCAUAUAUUCUUCAACUCCCGGUUAUAUUCCAUCCUUUUAUCAUGCAAGUGCAAGAUGUGAGAUAUGACGGAAACUGUGGAUUUCGAGCAGUAGCUCUAUGUCUUGGUUUUAAGGAGGACGAAUGGUUCAAAAUUCGAUCCAAUUUAAUCGAAGAACUAGAGUCUCACAAGAUGGAAUAUACCAAUAUGUUUGGAACUCAAGGAUGGUAUAAUGUCUAUAACAUGUUGAAUUUUUUUGCACAAGAUCGGUGUGCACCAGUUGAGCACUGGAUGACUAUGCCGGAGAUGGGUGUACUAAUUGCUUCCCGAUACAAUGUGAUACUACAUGUUUUGAGUAUGGCCGGCAGUACAACAUAUUUACCACUCCGAUCUAGCCCACCACCUUGGUACGAGCAUGUAGCAAUAGCCCUUGGUUAUGUUAAUAAUAACCAUUAUGUUAAGGUAACAUUGACAGGAGGGUACCCAAUGCCUACUAUUGCUCCACAAUGGGCUUAUUUUAGAUAUGAUUGUGCAAAUGCAUGGAUUACUCCAUAUAUGAAUCGGAUUGAAAGUUACAAUGAGCAUGUACGCUCUAAUUGUACUCGGAAAAAUGUUAUAUUAGAUUGA